UGUCGUGUUGAGAGCGGACCGGACUGGAGUAGGAUGCAUUUACAGGGGGAGUCAGCCGAGUUGCGGGUUUGGCCGCUACUCUGGAGUGUCCUCGUAUUCUGUAUCACAUGGCCUACAAUAACUCUUGUCCGAGACUGGCUCAGGGUGUUCUUGCGAGUCCAGCAUCUCCCUGGACCACAGGGACAUCCCAUAUUUGGCAACGUCAAGGAGUACCUUUCCAGGCACAGAUUUUUCCAAUAUGCUGCGAAAUGGAGAGAGCAUUUUCCUGCGUUUCAUAAAACUUUGGUACUAUUCCACCCACUGAUCAUAGUCCAAUCUCCAGAUGCAGUACAGGCUAUUCUCAGUAGGAAACACAAACAUAAUGAAAAAGGCAUGAUUUACCAAGGACUAAGAUCUCUACUUGGAGAGGGAUUGAUUACGAGUAAAGGAGACAGAUGGCACAGUCACCGCAAACUGAUUACACCCACGUUCCACUUCAACAUCCUCGAGAGCUUUGUGGAUGUGUUUGUGGCUCGAACGGCUGAUUUCAUGAAGGACCUGAACAUUUUCCUCGCUGAUAACGAUCUGUCGGAAAAGUUCAAUGAUAUCAGCCCUUUCACUCGCAAGCUUACCUUAGACUUUAUUUGUGAAACUGCGAUGGGAACACCUGCAGACUCAAACAGACUUCAUCAUAAGGAAAUAGUGAAUGCUAUGCACAGAUUGGAAGAAAUUGGGAUAUACAGGAUGGUUCGGCCAUGGCUGCUCUCAGACUUCAUAUUCCAGUUUACCGCUAAGGGUAGAGAAGAGCGUAAAUACCGCCACAUUCUUCAUAGCUUCACUGAUCAGGUGAUAAGAAGAAGAAGACAGGCUCUUCAGGCACAGGAAGAAUUCGGAUAUAUUGAGGAUUGUCCCAAGAAGCGAGCGAUCUUCAUGGACCUACUGAUCACCAGUUCCCGGGGUGGCUCCUUACUCUCUGACCAGGACAUUAGAGAGGAAGUCAACACUUUCAUGUUCGCUGGCCAAAACACAACACAAUUAGCCAUUAACUACUGUCUCUAUCUCUUGGGAGAAAACCCUCAGAUUCAGGCCAAAGCAUAUGCAGAACUGUACGAAAUCUUUGGAGACUCUGAUCGGCAACCCACCAUGGAGGACCUGAAGGCCAUGAAGUAUCUGGAGAACUGCAUCAAGGAGGCAUUGAGACUGUUCCCAAGCGUGCCAGUCAUUGCAAGGAAACUGACUGAAGAUGAAGUCUUUGGCAAGUACACACUGCCACGAGGUGCAGAUGUGUUGGUGCUCCCGUAUGUGCUACAUCGGGAUGCGUCACAGUUCCCAGAUCCAGAAAGAUUCAAUCCAGACAACUUUCUGCCUGAGGCUGUUAAGCUGAGACAUCCUUACGCUUAUAUCCCCUUCAGCGCAGGCCCUCGCAACUGUAUUGGCCAAAAGUUUGCGAUCCUGGCAGAGAAGACAGUGCUCUCAGCGAUACUGAGGAAAUACAAAAUAAGCUCGCUACACUCAAGGCAGGAAUUGAUAGUGGUGCCUAACACUGUGUUGGUGCCUAAGACAUGUAUUUUUGUGUAAGGCUAAUUUUAUUUGUU